AUGCCAGGUUUGUGUCUCCUAACAGUUCUUAUUGUUGUUUCUUUUUUUGCAGAGCCUUUCAAUGCGACAUCCAGAAAGAGAAAGUUACAGUACUCACCUGAAGGGGUGACUGCACAGAAAAGGAGGAGAUUUUCUCCACGUAGCAGCACUCUACACCCUGUUGACACUGAUGGCGAAGAUUCCAGAGAAAAGGAAGAAGCACAAGACGAGACAAGCAACCAAAACCAAUUUGAAGUAAAGUACGAGAAGCGGGCCCUGCUGGGAGAAGGAGGCUAUGGGUCCGUUUAUGCUGGCUUUCGCGUUGCUGAUCGCUUCCCAGUUGCGAUCAAAUACAUACCACAAUCCAAGGUCUUACGGCAAACCGAUAAUGAAGGCAAGCAGAUACCUACAGAGGUUCUGAUAAUGCAAAAGGCGGCUGAUGGAGAGGUGGGGUCCACAGCUGCUGUGUUACUGCUUGACCACUAUGACCAGGAAGACGACUUGAUCCUAGUCAUGGAGAGACCCACGCCAGUCGAAUGCCUAUUCGACUAUAGAGUCAAAAAAACGAUGCUGGAGGAAGAUGAGACCAAGAUCAUCCUGAAGCAGCUUGUAAAAGCUGCUAAAGAGCUGGAAGACAGGGAAAUCUUCCACCAGGAUAUCAAAAUGGAGAACAUUCUGGUGGAGACCAGCUCCACUGUCCCGCGUGUCCGCCUUAUUGAUUUCGGCCUCAGCAGCUUCACAAAGAGGGACACAAUGCACAAAUAUGUCUGGAAAACGACGUGUCAAGACCCCCCUGAAUUCACACAUUGCCGCUCCUAUUCAGCCGGGCCCACCACGGUGUGGCAGGUUGGGGUGGGUAACAUUCGAACUUCUACACGAACGUCCUUUCCAUGCCAAAACAAAAUUUUUUGGAAGGACUUGAAGCCACGCCCGGAGCUGUCUAAAGACUGCAAGGACUUCCUGGAGAAAUGUCUGGCCUCACUCCCACACUGCAGGCCAGCAUUAGAAGAUCUUCUUCUUCAUCCAUGGCUGAGUGGAUAAAACCACCCAGUCAUGACGAGAUGGAGAAAUAAAAAAUGUAAAAAAAUAAUAAUAAAUAAAUAAAAUAAAAAAAUUAUAAAAAAAAAAAAUAGAAAA